UGGAAGACCAGACAACCAGCCCAAACAUAUCAACACCAUCAGACCAUCAGAAAGAUCGAAUGCAACGAUGAAAUUUUACAUUAUAACCGUGAUCGUCCUGGUUGAGACAUUUCUCCUUAUAACUCACUCGGAAAGCAAGGAUAUCCGGUGGAAGUGGCAGGCAGGCAGUACAAAUGUUAAUAAGAUCUCGGCAGAUCUGAGCCUCGGGGCACGCACGGGCGGCAUGGUCUUCAAGGAUUAUAACAGUUACAACAACUUCUACUUGUUUGGAGGUCUGGUCUACGAUGCUAAGUCAAACACACAACGCUUGGCUAAUGACUUGUGGCAUAUAGACGGCGGGGUUCCAUCUGGAAAUGCCCUGCAUCUAGGGAAUAAAGGCCAGGAAGCCAAGCGAGGCACGGAUGAGUCGCCUGCCCCACGAAUGUUGGGAGCAGGCUGUGGUAUUAUAGGGGCCAUGUUUAUGGUGUAUGGUGGUUAUGGAGAAGAUGGGGUUCUUGGAGAUACCUGGAUCUAUGACUUUGGCCAUAAAAAAUGGAGCAGAUUUGAAAAGCUACUUUCGGAUUUGAAGAAGAAUGACACUGAUUUACUUUCCCCGCCGGCCAGAGCUGAUAUGGCAGUGUGGUGUAUGCAUGAAAAAUUGGUUAUCUUUGGGGGCAUCAAUGAGAAAGCAGUAACUCUUCAAGACAUGUGGGAGUUUGACCUCAGGACCUUGACCUGGAAGGAAAUGGAGAAAUCGGUGUCAUUAAGGAACCAGAUCUAUUCCAAUCAUCUGAUCACAUGGCCAGAACCAAGAAAUGGAGCCACGACUUGGGUCAAAAGCACUGCUCUCUACUUGUUUGGGGGAAAUAUGGUAUCAAACUAUGAUAGGGAAAAUCAUCGAAAUACAGGAUUUAGUUCUGAUUUGUACAUGUACAACGUCACAGAAGGAACAUGGAAGUAUUUGUAUGGAAGGAGAGGAACAGGACUCGCUGGAAAGUUUGUCUUCCAGGGGCAGCACAUUAGAAAUAAUCAACCAGGCUGUCGACGUGGAGGUGCAGGCAUUGUUGACACCAGUGGGAAUCUGUGGCUGUUCGGAGGGGAAGGUGCCGAUACUCAUCCCGAUUCCGUCUCGUCCGAAAAGCCCCCAAAAAUUCUUGCAGAUUUGUGGCAUUUUGAUGUAUUGAAGAACCAAUGGGCUUACAAGGAUGGAUUUGACAGCGGAGACUCGGCAGGUAUUUAUAAUGGUGACAAAAAUACUUACUACACUGGGUCGCAGCCAGGGUCAAGGUACGACUCCAUGUCUGUCGUGGCCGGAAACACAAUACUCCUAUAUGGCGGCAUCGGAUUGGAUGCCAAUGGCAAGAAAGGUCUUCUUGGAGACUUUUGGGAGAUUGACAUGCAUAAUUACGUUGCUUAUUUCAGCGCCACAUAUCCUGGUACCAUUUUCAACUUGAUCUUCUGGCCGUUCUCACUCGUGGCCAUCAUAUGUGUUUCCUUCGUGUACAGCCGCAAAUUCUCCGACAAGUCUGCUGGCAAACGUGACAUUGCUUACAAACCCCUCAUGCAGGAAUGAUGACCUUAUACAAUUAAGUCCUGUUCAAGGUGAUCACUAUUUUUUCAUUUGAAUAUUUACAUGUGUUUUAACACAGCGAGCAACUGGAUUAUAUUCGGAAAACCAGGGUAUGGAACUGAAUUUAUUGAAAAAUGAAACAAAAUAGACUUUACAACCAGAAAAUUUGAACACUGUAUAUUUUUUUUUAUCAAAGAACAAAUUAGUGAAUGGUGAAAACAAAGGCGUAUGUUGCCUUUUCGUCCCAUGUUGUUUAUUUGUGUUGAGACUUUGGAAAGACAAAGAAGUUGGGUUACCGAUUUCUGUCAUCAUGUCUCGGCCAAAGAUCAUCCGUGUACGAUCUGAUAAAAUUUUGUUUAUCCUACGACUGUUAUCCUCAAUAUUUAUAUCAAAACACAACAAAUUUAUUCACUGAAGCUUGCUCUGUAUAUAUCGUAUAGUAAAACACCCAUUGAGUCUGAUAAUGAAGAUAGUAUCCAGUUUGUCAAAUGCAUGAACUACAGCAUUAAGAAAUAUAAUUUCAUAGCUUGUGUUUUUAGGAAAGCUUAAUAACAAUUUAGACAAAUAAUUUAGUACAAAAUGAUAUUCUGUGGGAGCUUCAUCAGUAGUUAUUUAUUUUCAUAGUUAAAACCGAAUGUGUCACUCUCUGUUGGACAAUUUGAAUUGGUAACCUUAUUUUUAAAGGAUUGACAUUUAAAAAAAGUUGUACAUGUAGAUAUUGAUGUCAAAGUAUUCUUUACCAGGUUAGGCAGAUACAGUGUAGUUGAUGAUUAUCAGUAUCCAGAAGUUUUUAUUAUGUAGUAAAUGCACUUUUUUCCAGAAUUUUUCCUAAGAUUAAAAAAAAAAACAAAAAAAAACCACUUCCAAUAUUAAAAUCAGAGCAGAUAAUAUAACCAUGCUAACCAAAUUGUGUAUAAAACUCAUGAAUAUAACAGAUUUUCAUGGAGACUCCAGAAAAAGUACAAAGAGAAUAAGACCAGGCGUUCCGGAAGUGUAAACGUCUUCUGCUUCAUUCAUCGACGACAGCUGCCAUACAGAUCUUACAAAAUCCUGGUUAUGUGAAGUCAUUUUAUCUUGUUCAUCCCUAUUGUUGACUGUAUGUGGUAGAAUUUCAUUUGUUUUAUGUAAUUUAUUGUAUAUACAUGUAUAUGCAAAUGUUUUAAAUGCCUGUCAAAUUUGAAAGGAGUAUUAUAGUAUGGCAUUGUCCGUCCAGCGAAAGAUUUUGUUUGUCCAGAUCUAGAGAUUUCCUUCAUUUUAUUGAAAGAUCUUCUUGAAAUUCAGUAUGCAUUAUAAUUGUGUAGUUGUGCUUCUCUGAAAGAAAUUUUGAUGCAACUAUUCUUGCAAAAGUUAUUUCCCUUUGUUUUUUGCAGUAUUUUAUUUUUUUGUUAAUAGAUCUCAACUGCUUUCUUUGAAACAUGGUAAGCUUUAAUCAUAUAAAAGAGUUGUGCUUCGAUUUCUUAAACAGUAGUUUCAUUAAACCAUUUUUGCGAAAGUUAUUGCCCUUUGUUGAUUUCAGAAUUCAAUAUUUUGUCUGGAGAAUUUUUCUUUUUAAGUAGAUCUUACUUAAAUUGGUCAGAGUUAAGGGGGACUCAUUGUUUCAUAAAACAAAAGGUAUGUCCCCUUAGUGAAUAUGGACUCAAUGUUGUAUGUUCCCCAGGGUAAGUGAUGCAGGCCUUAUAGGCCUUUUUUUUUUUUAGAUAUUCAUUACAAUGUUCUUGUUCAUGUGAUAUCUAUAAUUUAGGUAUUCUGUAGUACAUUUCUGUUAAGAUAUUAUGUAUGCAAGUACAUUUUGUGUAAGAAUUAAAGUACAAAUUUAUAUUUGUUGUAUAUAUGUGAGCACAUGUUCUGUAAGAAAGGAAUAGUUCCAAGAAUGGAGAGAAUCUUUGUCAUCUGUUUGUUUGACAAGUUAUAAUUUAUUAUUCAAAAAGAUCUGUGAUCAGAUGUCUGUGUGUAAGUGAGCCUUAAAUUUUCUGUGGAAAUGGACACAAAUAUGUGACUUUUUCCCACUAAUGUUAAGUUUUCAUUUGAUAUCUGAUAAAAUGUGUACAUUCCAUAUAUGAUACAUAUCGGGUUAUUUCUAAACAGUAUAAUGAUUUAUGGAGACAAGGUGGUCUAGUGGUAGGACACAGGGCUACAUGACUGAAGGGUCGCUAGUUCGAGUCCCAGCAUGACUGCUGUGUUGUAUCCUUGAACAAGAUGGUACUAGUGGUAGGACACAGGGCUACGUGACCAGGGGGUCGCUAGUUCGAGUCCCAGCAUGACUGCUGUGUUGUAUCCUUGAACAAGGUGGUCUAGUGAUAGGACACAGGGCUACGUGACUGAAGGGUCGCUAGUUCGAGUCCCAGCAUGACUGCUGUGUUGUAACCUUGAACAAGAUACUAGUACUUUACUCUCUUGUGUUCUAGUUAACUCGGCUUUAAAUGGCCUGGUAGGGCAGUGCAAGAAAUGUUGUAUGUAAGCUGUUAAGCUCUGGUUGAAUGCCUCCAGGGGGUUGAGAAAGAAUGGCUGGAUGCUAAAUAAAGGCCCAAUAACCACAGAUAAUAAUUAGUGUACCACUUUGAGAUACAUGUAGCUGUGAUAUAGCUGUGGAUUAAACACCAAAUUAUUUUCAUUUAUACAAAAAAACUAUAUAUGUAGAGUGCAAUGAUACAAAUUCCUUUUCUUUAAUAAAUUUUUCUUUUUAAA